AUGGUGAACGUCGCUGUUAUCGGUGCCGCUGGUGGUAUUGGCCAGUCCCUGUCCCUGCUGCUCCUGAAGGAGCUGCCGUACGGCAGCACGCUGUCCUUGUACGACGUUGCAGGCGCGCCCGGCGUGGCUGCCGACCUCUCCCACGUUGACCGCGCCGGUGUCACGGUGAAGCACGCCGCCGGCAAGCUUCCCCCGGUGCCGCGUGACCCCGCGCUUGCCGAGCUGGCCCGCGGUGUUGAUAUCUUCGUCAUCGUUGCUGGCGUGCCGCGCAAGCCUGGCAUGACUCGCGACGACCUGUUCAACGUGAACGCCGGCAUCAUCAUGGACCUGGUGCUGACGUGCGGCUCAUCGUCUCCCGAGGCGUGCUUCUGCAUUGUUACAAACCCUGUCAACAGCACGGUGCCCAUCGCCGCCCAGGCGCUGAAGAAGCUCGGUGUGUACAACAAGAACAAGCUCCUCGGCGUGAGCCUGCUCGACGGUCUGCGCGCAACGCGCUUCAUCAACAACGCCCGCCACCCACUCGCCGUGCCCUCUGUGCCGGUUGUGGGUGGACACAGUGAUGUGACAAUCGUGCCGCUCUUCUCGCAACUCCCCGGCCCCCUGCCGGAGGAGGCGACGCUGGAGAAGAUCCGCACCCGCGUGCAGGUUGCGGGUACGGAGGUGGUGAAGGCGAAGGCGGGCCGCGGCAGCGCGACGCUGUCGAUGGCGGAGGCGGGCUCCCGCUUCGCCAUGUUCGUUGUGAAGGCAAUCACCGGCCAGGAGUCGCCGCUGGUGUACGCCUACGUCGAUACCGAUGGCCAGCACGAGUGCCCCUUCCUCGCGAUCCCGGUGGUGCUUGGCAGGAAUGGCAUCGAGAAGCGCCUCCCGAUCGGCCCCAUUACUUCCACUGAGCAGCGCAUGCUCGACAAGGCCAUUGACGUCGUGAAGAAGAACAUCCAGAAGGGUGAGUCCUUCGCCCGCUCGAAGCUAUAG